GUCGCGGGGCGGAGGGAAGAGCGGGCGGGCGGGAGGCUCCGGCGCCAGACGAGGAGGAAAGGAGCUACGACUAGUCGCCUAGAGGCCGCGGAGACAGCGACGACCGAGACAACCGAGACGCCGCCGCCGCGCCCCCAUGGCGGCUACCAAGGAAAGUCAUGAGGAUCAUGAUACCUCCACUGAGAAUACAGACGAGUCCAACCAUGACCCCCAGUUUGAGCCAAUAGUUUCUCUUCCUGAACAAGAAAUUAAAACACUGGAGGAAGAUGAAGAGGAACUUUUUAAAAUGCGGGCCAAGCUAUUUCGAUUUGCUUCAGAGAAUGACCUCCCAGAAUGGAAGGAGCGAGGCACUGGUGAUGUCAAGCUCCUGAAGCACAAGGAGAAAGGGACCAUCCGCCUCCUCAUGAGGAGGGACAAGACCCUGAAGAUAUGCGCCAACCACUACAUCACACCAAUGAUGGAGCUGAAGCCGAAUGCUGGCAGUGACCGUGCCUGGGUCUGGAACACCCAUGCUGACUUUGCUGAUGAGUGCCCAAAGCCGGAGCUGCUCGCCAUCCGCUUCCUAAAUGCUGAGAAUGCACAAAAAUUCAAAACAAAGUUUGAAGAAUGCAGGAAAGAGAUUGAAGAGAGAGAUAAGAAAGGACCAGGCAAAAAUGAUAAUGCCGAAAAAGUAGCUGAAAAGCUGGAAGCUCUUUCUGUGAAGGAGGCUGGAGACAAGGUGGAAGAGAAAUCGGAGGAGAAGCAAUGAGUUAAUCUUCCCUCCUUCUUUUCUUUUUCUUUCUCUUUCUUUUUUUAAAAAAAAUUUUGCCCUGCCCUUCCUUUUCAGUUUCGUUUUUAAAUUCUGUUUUGUUUUUACAAGGGACUUUAUAUAAAGAACUGAAUUCCAACAUUCAAGUUUUUUUCUAAGUUUUUACCCUACUGAAGAUGACUUCUGAAAAUCCAUUCCCCAGUCAUGAAAAUGUACUGUGCUAACUUUCUUUUCCAUAGUGGAAACACUUAUUUAUAGUCAUCAAAAUAGUGAAUAAAAUUGCCUUUGAAAGCUGGA